CUCAUCCUGUCUACAGAUGGGCUCUCAGCCUUCCGCACUUUCCUGAAAACCGAGUUUAGCGAGGAGAAUCUGGAGUUCUGGGUUGCCUGUGAAGAAUACAAGAAGACGCCUUCAGCCAACAAGCUUCCUGCCAAAGCUCAGUGCAUAUUUCAGGAAUUCCUGCAGACUGGAGCCCCUAGAGAGAUAAACAUUGACCAUCAGACCAGAGAACACACUCGCCAGCAAAUUGCAGUCGCCUGUCGUAAUUGCUUUGACUCUGCCCAAGAACAGACCCGUAUUCUGAUGGAAAAAGACUCUUACCCACGUUUCUUAAAAUCCACCAUCUACCAGCAACUGCUGACCCAGUCAUCUAUUAAGAAACUAAAGUUCUCCUUCACAUGA